AUUCCUUCACUCGCCCCACUUCAUUUCUCUAGCAGGGACGUCCCGUUAACGGGAGGACUGAAAGGGGAUAGCAAAUCGGCUGCAUUUUCUCUCUCCCUCUGCCAUUUUGAGAGAAACCUGUCGGCCUCGCAUAUUGGGAUUUCUGCUGUUUUAACGGAAAAUAAGAAUCAUGACCUGAUUGUUGUUAUUUCGGGAUUUGUGUAGAACUGUUUCAGCAGGGAAGACCCCUGUGGCGGAGUCUGAGGAUAACGCCAACAACAGAAGCAGGAAGUGCUGACUUGAACCUUGACACCAAACAACCAAAGCCAUGUGCUCCGUGAACAAUCCAAACUGGGUGACCUUCGAGGAUGAGGGGAGAACGUCUACGUCUCCUUCUUUUGCCUCAACCCCCUUGAAGAUCCCAGAGAGUGGGACAAAGUUGGCCGCAACACCCCUGAAGUCACCAGGGGCAAAGACAAGUUCACCCCCUUCCUUUGCCUCUACACCCCUGAAGACAGCCCCAGGUAGUGUGACAACGACAGGGUUAAAGACAAUCCCCCGUCCCAAUGGACUAAAGCUGAUACUGCCCCCAGUGGGAGAUCCAUCCUGGAUCUUCAGCAGUUCCCUUGAAUCCAGCUCCCCUCCAAUGCACUUUAACCUCAAUGGAAGUUCCUGUGUGCCCUGCAACACUCCUCUUUGCACUCCGGUGAGGGAGGUUCCUCCUACCGGCGCGUUACCUUUCCAUUGCAGGCCCUGGGAUCAGCACGAUUUCUUCAGUAGUUUUUCCAGUUCAUCCUCUGCCUCUGUGCCUUAUUCUUCUUCUCCCCCUGGCCCAGACCAGGCCACCACUACCGGCACCACCACACAUCUUCAGGGUGACGUCUCUGUCUCCGAUGGCCCCAGUACCUUCCCCUCCUUCCAGGGGGACCCGGGACAUUUCAACCCAUUCUGGGAGGGGGCUGGUGGGCAUAGCGUGGACUCUGGGAGCUCAUCUUCCGACUCCGAGGCUGGAGGUUCUAGUCUGCCUCGCUUCUUCAUUCGGACGAAAGACGGCAACAAGCCUCCUCGACCAGACCACCUCCAGAGCUCCUACUCCUACAUCUGCCACAAGCUGGAGGGCCUGCGGGCCGAGGAAGACAAUGACACAGAGGAAGGAGUAGGGAUGGAGAGGGGGGAGAGGAGAGGAGUAAGAGACAGGGAGGCAGCCAAGGAGGGACCAUCCCCAGCCUUUGUCUCUCACGGUCUGUUCCGUAGUGAGAAGAGAGACGGCUGGUCUUUAAUGCUGAGGAUCCCAGAGAAGAAAAACCGAAUGUCGUCCCGACAGUGGGGCCCCAUUUACCUGCGUUUGCUGUCUGGAGGUGUGCUCCAGAUGUACUAUGAGAAAGGACUGGAGAAGCCCUUCAAAGAGUUCCAGCUGCAGCCUCACUGCAGGUUGUCAGAUCUCAAGCUAGAAAGCAAUGGAGAGCCUCGCAAGAUCCAGACAGUUAAGGUGGAGCACGUGUCUUACACAGAGAAGAAGCGUUACCACCCCAAGUUUGAUUUGAAGCUGGAGGUGUCCCACGAGGCAGAGGUGGAGCAGCUGCUGAAGUUUGGAACCACGGAACACGGCGACAUGGAGGACCUUUUCGAAACUAUGGAGGAGGAACUUCUCAGGCUGGCACCACCGCUGUUGCAGAAACGGCACUACGACGAACAGGAGAUGACACUGCAGAUCACAGACCACCUCUGGGUGCAGCUGGACAAGGACGGUGUAUUGAUGGACCGAGCGGCCAUGACGAGGAUCCACUGCCUGGCGUUCCUCAAUGGCCCAGGGGAGUGCUUCCUGGCUCUCAACGACUUGGGGCUUCUCCGCUUCGACGCCAGCUACGGCUCUGGCUCCGAGGAGGAUGACCUCCUGGAGGGCUGGAUGGAGAUCAGUGACUGCCACUUCCACAAGUGUAUCAACGACUUGGAGUUCCACAGGUCUCGGCUGCUCAAGUUCUCUCCUCCGGACGCCUGUAGAGUAGAACUGAUGCGCUACAAGACAUUAGCCCUGGGAAGUACCGAGCUGCCCUUCUCCGUCAAAGCUGUGGUGACUGUCCAAGGGGCCUACGUGGAACUCCAAGCCUUUCUCAACAUGUCAGCCAUCUUCCCAUCAUUUAUCAGCGUGUCGGAGACUCAGCCACUCUGCGAGAAUGUCCUGAUCCGUGUGCCGGUACCGGGGGACUGGGUGAAGGUGUCGCGUACAGUGACGUUGCUACGACGUAAGUCACUGACGGCCAGGAUGAACCGGAACGCGUGUCUGGGGUCAGUCAGCGCUUCAGAGUCACAGCCAGUCAUGCAGGUUACCGUGGGGACGGUCAAGUAUGAGAAUGUGUACUCAGCCAUAGUGUGGAGGAUCGACAGACUGCCUGCUAAGAACAUGGCAGUGGACCAUCCCCAUACCUUCUCAUGUAAGUUAGAGCUUGGUUCAGACCAGGAGAUUCCCAGUGACUGGUACCCGUUUGUCACAAUGGAGUGUGACAUGGUGGGGGCCGUGGUUUCACAGACCAGAGUGACGUCACUGGGCACAGAGAGUGACAUUCAGCCUCAGAAACAUGUCACCAGUAGGACCCACUAUCAUUGCCAGGUAGAAAUUGAGAAGAAGUGGAUUGAGACAGAAGCACAAGGUCAAUCAGGCUGCACAACACAGUAAUGAUUAUGAUCAAGGAAGUCUUAAAGGAUCAAGUCUCACAUUACCAUACUCCCAAGUCUCGUUAGUUGUAAGGAAGCCUGGAAAUGAGGCUAUACACUAGAUGCCUAUUUCCUUGGUCCAAGACAUUUUUGCCAACCAAACUCAUCCUCGCUGUUUCAAUACAAGAACAAAUGUUUGAAAGGGACAUAAUCUACAUGUGGCUGAUGAACAAUUGUGCUUUUAUAUUUUGUGUUUGUGGUGUACACUUUAUCACCUUUAAGUCUGUCAUAAUAUUGUUUGGUCCUAUUGUACUCCUGUAUGUAUGGAUAUUAACAUGUUGUAUAUCCUGGGUGCCAGACAUGACAAGAGAGCAGAAACAGACUGGCAGCCAGGCUAGUUCUAACCUGCACGGUAGAAUAGAAUUAGGCUACAACAAACAAAUAUAUUAUGAUUGGAAGAACAAACAACCGAACACACAGCUCUACCAUCACAAUGCACUUUACAUUUCUCUCAGAAGAUUAUUCAUUGUGAAAUGACAGGCGGUUGAAGAAGCUCUCUUUAUAAAAGAGUAAAUACCACAUAUAAUCUUGUAGGCUUGUAUUUAACACACUCAAAAGGACUGGUUUUCCAGACACAGAUUAGGCACAGGAGGCUGCUGAGGGGAGGACAGCUCAUAAUAAUGGCCGGAAUGGAGCAAAUGGAAUGACAUCAAACACAUGGAAACCAUGUGUUUGAUACCAUUCCACCUAUUCUGCUACUGCCAUUACCAUAAGCCCGUCCUCCCCAAUUAAGGUGCCACCAACCUCAUGUGAGAUUAGGCUAAAUCUAGUCCUCUGUAGCUCAGUUGGCAGUUGCAACGCCAGGAUAGUGAGUUUGAUUCCCGGGACCACCCAUACAUAAAAUAUACUGUAUGCAUGCAUGACUAAGUCGCUUUGGAUAAAAGCAUCUGCUAAAUGGCAUAUAUUAUUAUUAUUAUUAUAUAAAAAGCACCUUCAAUGUAGAUUCUCAAUUGAGCUUGCUUUUCGGUCCAGGACAAGGCUCUAUCUGUCUCUGGGAAACAACCCAUAGUGUUUACAAAAACUAUCUGGAAUGAAUUUCCAAUUAAGACAAUUAGGCUAAUUAUAUAAAAUGUCCUGAUGUCAUAAGGUGAAUGCACCAAUUUGUAAGUCGCUCUGGAUAAGAGCGCCUGCUAAAUGACUUAAAUGUAAAUGUAAUGUAAUGUCCUGUCAUUUGUUGACUAGCUAGCUGACCAUGGUCAUUUUGCACAGCUAAGCAUGUGCACUCAUCUAUUAUUCUAUAAGUCAAUAUCAUUGACUUAUGGUUAUAUGAAGUAGCCCACAUACAUUAUGGUCCCAUGUACUUGCCAAGCCAGGGCUGUGGGUUCGAUUCCCAUGGGGGGGACCAGCACGAAAAUGUAUGCACUCACUACUGUAAGUCAUUCUGGAUACGAGUGUCUGCUAAAUGACUAAAAUGUAUUACUAAUUACAAUAUUUCAGAGGGGGCUCUAGAGAUGCAGCAAUGGUCUGCGCUCACAAAAGAAACUAUAUAACUACAUUUAUUAAAUGUGUUGUAUGUGUAUAUGAAUUAAGUGGUAGUUAUUAACAAAACAAAUUAAAGAUAUCUGCAUUUUAUGCCUGUGUAUGUGAAAUGGUAGAGGUGUAGAUCAAAAGUUGCAACCUGGUCUCAGAGCAUUUUGUAUUAUUUUGAUAGUAAAUCCAGGACACACCAUUUAGCAUGAUACGUUUUGUUUCAUGUGAUAUGCAUUCAUUUGCGGAUGUCCAUCAUACAUUUACGGGGUUCGUACAGACAAUGGCAAGUCAAAUCCAAGGACUUUCAAGUACUUUUUCAAGCACUAGUAUUUAUUUUCAAGGACCAUCCAUUUGUAAUAGUUCCUAUUAUGCAAUUGUUCUAGUCACCACCAGAUAGCAGUAUAUUGCCACAAUCUUGUAAAAAAAACUAAAAACGUACUAUUCAUCACUACCUUACAAGUUCUACUCAAUAAUACGUGUUUCACUACUUAUUUACUACAUACAUGAGUGAUAUGUCAGUACUGAUGAUGUUGACUGAUUUCCUUACACAAAUUGUAAGUCAGUAAAAUCUUUGAAAUUGUU